AGUACACAGAGGAGGAAUGCAACCGCUACGACUACGAUGAAAGGAUUGUGGAGAAAAUUCGGAAUGGAAAUGAGUUUGAGGAGUAUAUGGAGGACGAAAGCAGCCGCUUCAACUACAAGGACACGAGUUUGGUGAAAUUAUGGAAUGAAAAUGAGUACACAGAGGAGGAAUGCAACCGCUACAACUACGAGGAAAGGAUUCUGGAGAAAAUUCGGAAUGGAAAUGAGUUUGAGGUGUAUACGGGGGACGAAAGCAGCCGUGUCAACUACAAGGACACGAGUUUGGUGAAAUUAUGGAAUGAAAAUGAGUACACAGAGGAAGAAUGCAACCGCUACAACUACGAGGAAAGGAUUCUGGAGAAAAUUCGGAAUGAAAAUGAGUUUGAGGAGUAUAUGGAGGUUGAAAGCGGCCGCUUCAACUACAAGGACACGAGUUUGGUGAAAUUAUGGAAUGAAAAUGAGGAAUACAUGGAGGAUGAAAGCAGCUGCAACAACUACGAGGAAAUGAGACAUGAGAAAAUUCAUAAUCAAAAUGAGUACACAGAGGAGGAAUGUAACCGCUACAACUACGAGGAAAGGAUUCUGGAGAAAAUUCGGAAUGGAAAUGAGUUUGAGGAGUAUAUGGAGGACGAAAGCAGCCGCUUCAACUACAAGGACACGAGUUUGGUGAAAUUAUGGAAUGAAAAUGAGUACACAGAGGAGGAAUGCAACCGCUACAACUACGAUGAAAGGAUUGUGGAGAAAAUUCGGAAUGAAAAUGAGUUUGAGGAGUAUAUGGACGACGAAAGCAGCCGCUUCAACUACAAGGACACGAGUUUGGUGAAAUUAUGGAAUGAAAAUGAGGAAUACGCGGAGGAUGAAUGCAGCUUCAACAACUACGAGGAAAUGAGACAUGAGAAAAUUCAUAAUCAAAAUGAGUACACAGAGGAGGAAUGCAACCGCUACAACUACGAGGAAAGGAUUCUGGAGAAAAUUCGGAAUGGAAAUGAGUUUGAGGAGUAUAUGGAGGACGAAAUCAGCCGCUUCAACUACAAGGACACGAGUUUGGUGAAAUUAUGGAAUGAAAAUGAG